CAUCUUUGGCUUGGUUGACGUCUACAGAAUACAUAAUGGCGGCUUCCUUGGAAGUCGAGGCUAUUUCGAUAAUGACUGGUUCUGAUGAUUUGAAAACAGAAGAUACCGAGGAUGAAUCGGCAGAGGAACCAAAAUAUCAUUUGAAAACAGAAGAUCAAGAUUCCGAGGAAGAUGAACCAAGAGAACCAAGGAUUCGUGAAACGCCGGAAGACAUCAAACUCGACGCAAUUGUCAACACAUUGGCCUUCCAUCCAAAACAAGAUAUUUUUGCUGCCGGGGAUAUUGACGGUGAUAUUUACGUAUACUCCUACUCAUGCACAGAGGGGGAGAGCAAGGAGCUAUGGUCGUCUGGACAUCACCUCAAGUCCUGCAGGGAAGUUGCUUUCUCUCAUGAUGGACAUAAACUGUUCAGCGUUUCAAAAGACAAGUCAGUCCAUCUCAUGGAUGUGGAAGGGGGAAAACUUGUCACACGCAUCGCCAAAGCCCACAGUGUCCCUAUCAAUGCACUGCUGCUGGUGGAUGAGAAUGUGCUCGCCACAGGGGAUGAUGGGGGGACACUGAAGGUUUGGGACAUGAGGAAGGGCACGUCAUUCAUGGAUCUGAAGCAUCAUGAUGAUUACAUCAGCGGCAUCGCUAUUGACCAGGCCAAGAGAAUGCUUCUCACCUCGAGUGGUGAUGGGACGAUGGGGGUCUUCAACAUCAAGAGGCGGCGAUUUGAGCUCCUGUCAGAGUUCCAGAGUGGGGACCUUACCUCUGUGGCGAUUAUGAAACGAGGGAAGAAGGUGGUGUGUGGCUCCAGUGAAGGGACUAUGUACAUCUUCAACUGGAACGGCUUUGGAGCCACCAGUGACCGCUUCGCUGUGAAGGCAGAAUCUGUGGACUGCAUUGUUCCCAUUACAGACAGUAUACUGUGUGCUGCCUCCAUGGAUGGAGUUAUACGUGCCAUAAACCUCCUGCCCAAUCGGGUACUGGGCUGCAUAGGGCAGCAUGUUGGGGAGCCUAUUGAGCAAAUUGCCCGCUCUCGCGACUCACGUUUCCUGGCGAGCUGUGCUCACGACCAGAUGAUCAAGUUCUGGGACAUUUCAAGUCUCCGCGACAUGACAGUCAGUGACUACCGGAAGCGGAAGAAGAAAGAUGGAAACCUCAAGUCCCUCAGCAAGAAAGCCUAUGGAGUUGGGGAUGAUUUCUUUUCUGGACUGAUGGAAGAGACUGAGGCAAAAAAGGAAGAGAAAGAAGAAGAAGAGGAUGAAGGAGAAAGUGAAAGUGACAGCGAUUAAAAGAUACUUGUGGAAGUCAUGUCCCGUCAUAAUGUGUUGCCAGAGGUGUUGUGUGCUAUUGGUCAAACAACUCCUGACCAUUGCACCAAUGAAAACUCCUCUCAACCGGCACUGUUGAAACAGGGACAUCUUGGCAGAGUGGAAGUGUUAGAUGGCGUACGCUUGAGGGAUAGCCUUGGAGAUGAGAACAGCCUGUUUCAUCCACAGCUUGCAGUGUAUUUUUCUCCUGAAACAUGACUCUUCAAAAGUCAAUUUAAAUCUGGUGCAAUCCCAGGCUAAAAUAUGUUAUGUUGUAAAAAAAAAAAAAACGUAUGUUAAAUGUAGAGCCCUUGUAAAUGAGUCCCAUAGAUCUGGUUGGAAUCUGCCAUUGGAGAGCUGAGCUAUGGGAACUCAGGAUCAAGGAAGAGUCUGGGGCUGCUUAUGGGGUCAGAGGUCAAGUGUCACUGUUCAGAUUCCUCUUGCAAGAGGAGACCCCUCGGCCUGGUUUGCUGUAAUAUCUUUGAAUGCCUUAUUACCAGUCUAUUGUAGCAUGACAUCAUGCACAUGUAUGUAAUGUACAGCAUAACAUCGUUUAAAAAGACAUGUACAUUUUUA